GUUGGCUGAAGAGGGAAACUGAGCGGAGGUAGAGAGGGGGAUCGGAGCUCGAUGGUCUCGGGGCUCCCAGCUCUCCAUUUAUUAUGAGUCUAGUCAACUCCAGGACCAGCUUCGAGGUCUCGGACGACGCCUGCUGUGCAGCUAUGGCUGCUUGCUGCAUGAACACCAAGGAUGACGUCACCAGCCCAUCCGUGGAGACCCCCGGUGGGAACUCUUCCAGCCUGGUCAUGGAGGAGACGCAAGGCUACGAUGUGGAGUUUGACCCCCAGCUAGAGAGCAAAUACGAGUGUCCCAUCUGCCUCAUGGCACUGCGGGAACCACUGCAAACACCGUGCGGACACCGCUUCUGUAAGGCCUGCAUCCUAAAGUCUUUAAGAGACGCCGGGCCGAAGUGCCCAGUGGACAACGACCUUCUCUUGGAGAACCAGCUGUUCCCGGAUAACUUUGCCAAACGAGAGAUCCUUUCCCUUAUGGUGAAGUGUCCCAGCGAAUGCUGCUCGGCCAAGAUGGAGCUGAGGCACCUGGAGCAUCACAAGGCUAUCUGUGAGUAUACCAGCGUGGAAUGCCGACACUGCCAGGGACUCUUCCAGAGAAAGCAACUGGAGCAGCACGAGGUGGUGGAGUGUCCGAGGCGAGAGGUGUCCUGCGAAAACUGUCUUGUGUCUAUGCCCUAUGAGCAGGCGCUGGAUCAUGAGCAGACGUGCCCUUUGGCCUACGUAACUUGUGAAUAUUGUGAGACCAGCGGCCUUGUGCGAAAUCAGAUGGCCUUUCACUAUAACAUGGACUGCAUAAAGGCCCCCAUUCCGUGUAUCUACAGCCAGUUUGGAUGUAAUGAAAAGAUGCAGAGAGAUGAUCUCGCUCGGCACCAGCAGGAGUUUACACAGGCUCACAUGCGGAUGAUGGCACAGUCUCUUCUGAGCUUCAGCACCUCCCUCACCCCUACCAGCCACAUGCCCAGCAUAACGCUUGACCCCACCCAGUUUCAGCCUGGGCCCCCUUCUGUAUUCACGUUACCCUCUCGUCUGGUGUCGGGGCAUGACACCAACCAAGACAGUCAGCAGCUGAAGGAGACCGUUGAACAACUGGAGGCCCGUCUGGUGAAGCAAGACCACCAGAUCCGAGAGCUAAUGGCCAAAAUGGAAACCCAGUGUGCCUACGUAACCGAUCUAAAGCAAACAAUCCGUACCUUGGAGGACAAGCUUGUGGAGGUGGAGGCUCAGCAGUACAAUGGUAUCUUCGUGUGGAAGAUUCAUCAUUUUAGUGCCCACCUAAAAAACCAGGAGGAGGAGAAACCAGUGGUUAUACACAGUCCAGGAUUUUACACGGGAAAACCAGGUUACAAGCUCUGUCUGCGUCUUCACCUGCAGCUCCCCAACGCUCCUCGCUGUGCCAACUAUAUCUCCCUCUUUGUACACACAAUGCAGGGAGAGUACGACGGCCUCCUCCACUGGCCUUUUCAGGGAACCAUCCGCCUCUCCAUCCUGGACCAAUCAGAAGGGUCCUGUAUGCAAGACCAGGAGGAGGUAAUGGACACCAAACCAGACUUGCUGGCCUUCCAGAGGCCUACAAUGCCUCGAAACCCCAAAGGCUUUGGUUAUGUCACAUUUAUGCACCUUCAGGCGCUCAGGCAGCGGAUGUACAUUAAAAACGACACACUUUUAGUGCGCUGCGUCGUAACUACACACGUGGACCUCAACAGCCCGCGACGGGAAGGAUUCCAGCCACGCAACACCGAUGGCACAACAAUGUAGUCCUU